CAAACAAACCUCUCUAUUCGUCGAGCACAACCCCAAUUCCUAGGUAGAGAGAGAGAGAGAGAGAUGGCUGCUACAGUGGGCACCAGCAGUGUGGUAAGACCAUCAACCUUUCUCCUUGGACAGGGGAAGACACUCAGUCCUCUCAGGGACAACAUCUCUUUUGGCAAUGGAAGGUUUACCAUGGGAAAUGAUCUAUGGUAUGGACCAGACCGUGUCAAGUACUUGGGACCCUUUUCGGCACAAACCCCUUCGUAUCUCACCGGAGAAUUUCCCGGUGACUACGGAUGGGACACUGCCGGCCUGUCUGCGGAUCCUGAAGCCUUUGCAAGAAACAGAGCUCUUGAGGUGAUUCACGGGAGAUGGGCAAUGCUCGGUGCCCUUGGGUGUAUAACACCCGAGGUGCUCCAAAAGUGGGUCAAGGUUCAGCUUAAGGAGCCAGUGUGGUUCAAGGCAGGAGCCCAAAUCUUCAGUGAAGGCGGUCUCGACUACUUGGGCAACCCCAACUUGGUCCAUGCACAAAGCAUCUUAGCGGUCCUAGGGUUCCAAGUCGUGCUCAUGGGCUUGGUCGAGGGCUAUCGCAUCAAUGGCCUCCCAGGUGUUGGUGAAGGCAACAACCUUUACCCUGGAGGAACCUACUUCGACCCACUUGGCCUUGCUGAUGAUCCUAUCACUUUUGCUGAGCUCAAGGUUAAGGAGAUCAAGAAUGGGAGGCUUGCUAUGUUCUCAAUGUUCGGUUUCUUUGUUCAAGCCAUAGUGACUGGAAAGGGUCCAUUGGAGAACCUCUUGGAUCACCUUGAGAACCCUGUGGCUAACAAUGCUUGGGUUUAUGCCACCAAGUUUGUGCCAGGUUCUUAGAUUGCUAGUGCAGCAGCAUCCACAAGUGUCAUUGUGAAGUGUCCAUUUGAUUCCCCCUAAUUUGUGUGUGUGUGGGUGUGUGUCGGUGUAUUGGUUUUGUAACUAUGAUGGUAUCUCACAUAUAAUCAUGUAGUAAUGUGAAUGUAGUAUUUAGAUUUUGAUUUUGAGGGGAAAGUAUGAGCAUCCAAUACAUUUG